UGCCACUGUGAUGACGUCAGCCAGACACUGUUUAACUGGUAUCACUUGCUCAUUACUGGUUUGCGCUGUUGCUCCAAGAGACCCACAACAGGCUACUGCUUCCCUGAGAUGACAGAACAAUUUUUUAACCUCGGCUGCAGCAGGUUAGCGAUGGUACGCAGUGGAAAAAACGGUGGCCUCCACCUUAAGCAGAUUGCAUACUACAAAAGAACGGGGGAAUAUCAUCCCACCACGUUAUCAAGUGAAAGAAGUGGAAUCAGGAGAGCAGCCAAAAAAUUUGUUUUCAAAGAAAAUAAAUUGUUCUAUGUCGGAAAAGACAGAAAACAAAUGCGCCUGGUAAUUGUUUCAGAUGAAGAGAAGAAAAAGGUUCUUGCGAAAUGCCAUGAAAAUGCUGCAGGCACUCAUCACGGUAUAUCAAGGACACUGACUUUAGUGGAAUCUAAUUACUACUGGACCUCUGUAACAAAUGAUGUCAAACAGUGGGUAUAUGCAUGCCAGCAUUGCCAAGUGGCAAAGAAUACGACGACCACCACCCCCAAACCACACCCUAUCAAAGCAGAGGACCCCUGGACAGCAGUCACUGUAGCCCUAGUGGGACCUUUUAAUGUUACCAGCAGAAGCCACAAGUAUAUCAUAAUCAUGAUAGAUUUGUUCACAAAAUGGGCUGUUAUUUUGCCUCUGCAUGACACUUCAGCAGCUGAAAUUGCUAAGGCAAUCAUGAGUGUAUUUUUCUUAUAUGGACCACCUCAAAAAAUGCCUAUUGAUCAAGGGAAGGAGCUUGCUUAUCAGAUAAACAAAGAACUAUUUGCACUGUUUGGAAUGAAACAAAUAGUAUUGUCUUAUCCUCAGACUGAUGAAGUAAAUGAAAGAACAUGCAAGACAAUCAAAGCUUUCCUUAACAAAUACUGCACAGACCAUCCAAAUGAUUGGGAUGAACAUUUGUCUGCUAUUGCCUAUGCUUUCAAUUUGACUAAUUUGGAGCCAGAUCAAACCACUCCCUAUUUCCAAAUGUUUAAUCGUAACCCGUAUGUUGUUGAUCCAAUGAAUGUAUGUAUGGAAGAAGAUAAUAUGUUUGCCAAAAUAUUUGAAGCAACCAAAAGAGCCAGUCAAGCACUGGAAGAAGAGAAAACCUCAGAUUGUCAGGUGGAGAAAACCUCUUCAGAUGAACAGAAAAACAGAAACAAAAUCACUGUCAAAAAGAAGCCAAAGCAAUUAAAUACCCUUCAACUUAAAGUUGGUCAUGAAGUCCUCAGACAAAGAAAAAACUGGUGGAAAGAUGGUCGUUUCCAGUCAGAGUGGGUCGGUCCUUGUAUUAUAGAUUAUAUCACAGAUAAUGGUUCUGCAAUAUUAAGAGAUGCUACAGGAUCCAGGUUGAAAAGACCCAUCAAGAUGUCUCACCUCAAGCCAUACAUAAGAGGGUCCAAUGAAAAAGACAACCACUACUUCUUACGAGGUGCAGUAGUUGUUGACCAUGAUUAUAUUGGCGUAUCUGAAAGACCAUAUAAUCCAAGCCAGCAAGACCCUAUUGCUGAAGGGGAAAUAAAUGCCUAUGCGAGAGGAGUCAUGUCUGCUGCACAAAUGCCACCUUCAGCCUGCAAAGACCAAGAUUCAACAGAUGGUAAACAUCAGUCUGAGGCGACAGAAGAUCAUUGCAUUGAACCAAACAAUGCAAAGCCAGAGCAAUGGCCUUCACCUUGCUGGACACUUCAGACCAAGAUAGAAGACACUUAAGCAAGCGGUCUCCUGUCAUAUUUCAUUGGCAGUUUGGAGCACCUGUGGCAGACUGAACAGUUCCAAAUUCCUCAGCCAAAUCCACUUUACUCUAUGAGUUUAAGAAUACUGCAGGUAUUCAGUGGUUAAUUUACAUGGGCAUUAAGAAGCAAUUGCUCUGUUAACAAAAUAUGGGCACAACCUAGUAAAAGCACAUGUUCUACUACUGUCUGAAUUUAAGAACACUGCAAGUGACCAGUGGUUAAUUUAUGUGGGCAUUGAGAAGUAAUCACUUGAUUACCAGAAGUACUGUCACAACCUAGUAAAAGCGUAAGUUUUCAUCAUGAAUUUGCAUUCCAAUUUUUGCUGGUAAAAUGGCAAUAUGGCCCAACCCUACUGUUACCCUCUCAGGACACAGCACAUCAUUUCACAGUAACAAUGUUUUCAUUAAUCCUUACAUGACUCAUUGCUAACAUGCAGACCUAUUGUGGGAUAAAUACAACCUAAGCAACUUAACAUAAAUUUUUCUCCAAUGUACAAAUGUAAAGAAGCUUAUGUUGUCCUCUUCCUGUUACAGAACUUUCUCAUUCUUCCUGAGAAGCUGCAGUUUUUAAUUUUUAGUCUAACCCACCACUCUAAGAUCUCACAAAACAGUAAAGCUGCCAAAAUCAAAUACAGCGAGUAUUUUGCAUAUGAAACAGUGAGGCCUUUAGCUGCUCUUGCUCAUCAAAGCUCUGCUAAGGAGAGCAAUUUCAGUUCCUUACACGUGGCAGAAUCUUAACAGUAGUCAGCAUUCAUUUGUGCUUUCCUCACAAACAUCUGGUUUCCCUGACUUCUUUCCAGAUCUAGCGUAGGUUUGGAGAUUUCCACUGAUAGUUCUCUAGGAAAGGUGAGGACCAGUGUUGCUUAUUCUCUGAAUUCCUUGAGUAAGUUGUUACAGGCUAGGACUUCCUGCAAAGAAGACUCUAUUUCAUGGUAAGAUGAAAAUAUAUCUACUGCUCAAGUUACAUGAACAGAAACUUUCACAUGGAAAACUGAUGAAUGUAAGCUGGUUCUAUUUAUAGAGGAGUGACAGGAAGAGGAAGAAUGCUAGUGUAGAGAGCUGAAUUUAGAAAUACAGCAACUUCUGUCAGAUGCUGAGGAGGACUUGCUUAUCUUGCUCUUUGAAUACCCGCAUUCUGUCAUCUUUGCUGCUGGAUGUCAUGCGACAUAAUACAGGUGGUUUUUAGUUAGCUUAAAUAGCUGGUUGUAUUGCUAUUGUCUUUUGACAAAACCUAGAAGAAGAAAGUAUUAUUUAUUAAUGGUUUUUCAGCUAAUCUUAGGUAAAAAGACUUUGUCCCCAAGGCUAAUUAGAUAUCUAGCUCAUGCAGAAAUUCACACCCAUUGUGCAGUAUGCCUACAGUGUCAUGGGCCUGAGCUGUGUAAAAGAACAGCUCAGCACAACGGUGGUAUUCCAGCAUCUGAUCUUAAAACCCCUCUGAAAGUGCUUAAUUCUCAGUACUUUUUCCCCCACUGAGUCUGAGAAGGCAGUUGCGGAGAGGCAGCUUGGGGACGUGGGUUGUGCAGAAUGGCGUGCAGCACGCCGGAUUUGCGGUGGGUGUGGACAGCAGCACAACCUUGUAUUUAUCUAUUAACUGCUGCUACCUGCGGGCUGUACCGCCCUCUGGGGACUGCUGUUCUUCGGAUCUCUGCUGUAGUGCAGUCAAGGUAGUAAAGUAAGUGGCCUUGGGGAAAUAUGCUUAUUGUCUUAAAAAAAAAAAAAAAAAAAAGGGCUAGGGAAUUCUGUGAAAUUACAUUGAACUUUCUUACAACAGAAAAGAAAUGGUUGCAAACAGGACAUAACUGGUAACUGUGAGCAUCGGCCUUACUUGGAUUUUAUUUUCCCCCAGUAGUGAGCGCUGUGGUCACACAGUAUUUUUUCUCUGGAACAGCAAUUUAAAAAGAACAGCCAGUUCAGGUGCUGUGCUCAGGUUCAUGGGUACCAGUGAUUCAAGUCCUGAACUUCCCCAAGCAGCCAGAACGGUGGCUACCAGAUCCUUUAACAGAGACCUAGGUUAUUUAAACCAAUCCCUCCUCCUUCAUAUCUGCCUUUAUUUCUUCCACUACCCAGAGUGAUCACUACCCAGAGUGACAUCUGCUAGGAUGGCUUUAUAUUGUUAGAUGCAUUGUAUGUGUGUGAAGUGUAUAUAUAUGUAAUUGUAUAUUAUAUAUAUUUUUGCUUUACCUUCCCUGUUCCUUAUUCAUAUACAGUUCAAUGGAGCCCUUUUCUGUGGUAGGUGUGCAGGGGAGCAGGGGUAACAAGUGUUGUGUACUUGUUAUAGCUACACUGGAGAGAAAUAAAAUGCUAAACUGGCAGUGGAUAGGAAAAACAGUAACUAUGUAACAAAUUGUGUAAUGCUGAUCAUUCAGGUUUACUGGUAAUUGCAAUAUACUGUGUUAACAGGCAGCCAUUAGUAUCUCUUCGGUGCUCCUAAAAGAGGCCUUCUCUGCACGUGGGAGGUUUACUGAAAUAAAAUGCAUGAGUUUCAAGCUAGCAACUC